AAAACUUUCCUUGAAAGAAGCUAUCUAUUUUAUCUCUAAUGCUUGGGAUGAAGUCAGUGAAACUACCAUAAAAAAUUGCUGGAGAGCUACCAAGAUUAUGCCAGGAAUAAGCGAAUCGGAAGAAAAUGAAUCAGAUAAUGAAUUUCAAGAUAAGACCACUGAUGUAGAUGAUGCUACUAUGCUACUUGAAGACCUUUCAGCUGAAACUAACCCAACAGUUCAAGAACUAAUGGAUAAUAUCGAAGAAUACAUCCAAAUGAUUGACCAACCAGCCGCGACAGAGUACGUACUAACUGAUGAAGGUAUUAUCGAAAUG